UGUUGUGAUUCUGUCAUUCAACACAAGGAUUCGAACACGAUGACAUCUCUGAGGCUUGUCUUCUUCCAUCUGACAUGUUUGUUCCUGUGGAUAAUGGCUCAGGCAGCUGCUCUGAAGUUGUCCUCGUCUGUUCAACCAGACGGAGGUUUAUUAUCAUUAAAAACUGGGGACAACUUGACUCUGACAUGUUUAUAUGAAGCUGAUGUUGCUACAAGGCUUUACUGGUACAAACAACCUCUGGGACAAAAACUACAGCUCAUCACUACAUUCUUUUAUUUUGAUACAAAUGGCACUUUUUACGGUGAAUUCAAAAACAAUCCACGCUUCACACUGGCUACGGGGCAUGGUAAAUAUCACUUGAAAAUCUCAGAUCUGCGUGUUUUAGACUCAGCUACUUACCACUGUAUUCAUUAUAUAAACAGGUUAGAAAUUUCAGAGAGUAUUACUGUCAGUGUGACGGGUUCAGCUUGGGUCCAUCAGUCAGUUCUUAAGAUCAUCCAGCCAGGAGGCUCUGUGACUCUGAACUGUGCAGUACACACUGGGACCUGUGAUGGAGAGCACAGUGUUUACUGGUUCAAACAGUCUCAGGAAUCUCAUCCAGGACUCAUUUACACCCAUGGAGGCAGGAAUGACCAGUGUGAGAGGAAAGACAACACACAAACACACACCUGUGUCUACAACUUGCCAAUGGAGAGCCUGAAUCUUUCUCAUGCUGGGACCUACUACUGUGCUGUUGCCUCAUGUGGACACAUACUGUUUGGAAACGGGACCAAGCUGGACAUCCAAAACGAGGUUGCCUUGGUGUAUUUCUGGAGGGGAGCUUCGGCAUUCUUCAGCAUCCUGGCUGUUUUACUGGCUUUCUCAGUGUGCAUGAUGACACGAUCAGGAUGUUCAGCUCCCUCCAAACCGCAUGCAGAGCGUUACCAAAAUGAGGACGACCGCUGUUACGCUGCUUCAAGUGUCAACCUGACGAAGAGAUCAAGAGGACAGAGAGAUCAGACCUGGAGUGAGUGUGUGUACUACAGUGUAAAGCAGUAGAGCUGGACUCAUUACAUUUGUACUUUUGAAGAAGAAUAGAUCUUCUCAUUGACUCUUUUUUAAGGUGUAAUGUAGAUUUAGAUUAAACUUGGAACUUCAUAUGCUUUUUUAACUUCAUUUUGGCCUGCAGCUCUGAUGAAAUUGCCCUGUGUGCUGUUCAUCUGUAUAUUCUGUAUAUGUUUGUGUGACUUUGUUUCAUGCAUAGAAAGCAUGUAUCUAAAAUUAUAACAUUAAAAUGAAUGAAUGAAUGUGACUUAACCAGUGUAUUCAGAAGCUUAUAUUGUGUCGUUGUA